AAAUAUUAUGAAGAUUUAAAGAUUAUAACCAGAUAGAACCUAAUAUUAACUACAAAAUAUAUAUUAAUAUUAAAAAGUUAUUUAGAACUUUAUUAAGAAAAGAGCUCAAAAACUAUUUUAAAAGCUUAAAUAUAAUUUUUUAGUUUUAAAAAUGAGUUAUAAUGGAAUAGGUCUUCCAACACCUCGUGGUUCUGGAACAAAUGGUUAUAUUGUAAGAAAUUUAUCUCAUAUUAAACAUCCAAGAGAAACAAUAAAACCAUAUACAUUAAAAAAAUCUAAUACUAAGAAAGCAGAUAAAGAAAUUCUUGAACAUGAUAGAAAAAGAAAGGUUGAGGUAAAAGUACUUAAUUAUAGAGAUAGUCUUGAGGAAAAUGGAGAACUUAAUGAAGAAGAAAUUGAGGAAAAAGUAAAAGAAUAUAGAGAAAAGCUUCUAAAUGAAAAAAGUGAUGAAAUUAUUAGUAAUGAUGAUGUAAAAAAUUUAAAAUCUUAUCAAGUUCAUGAACUUGCAACAGCAAAAGCUAGAGAGUUAGAGAAACUCAGAAAAGCUUUUGGGAUACGGGACGAUUAUCAAGAGGGGGACGCGUUUAAAUGUAUGAAUGAAAAACAAGCUAUUUAGAGAUAAACAUAACAAUUUUAUUAAAUUUUAGAUUUUAUAUGUACCAAUAUUAUUUUAUCUAUCUUAUGAAUAUAAUAAA